GAACUACAGCGCAGCGUUACACUUCCAGUAAUGCGGCCUGAAGGCGACACACACUAAAUGCUGCUUUCGUUUUGUGUAGUGGUCGUAGCAUAUUGCGUAAGGUCUGCGUUAACCUACGUUUGUUUCCCCGUGAUUAUCGUUUCCGCCUUUAAACGUACACUGCGCUGAAUGAGGCGGUUACAGGAGGCUGUAUGUUUGAAGUUUACCCGGAGUAACAACGCUGAAAGCACGCGGAGCAGAGCUGGCCUGGAACCGGCUCACUGAUGCAGGAACUUGAUGAGAUUCGCAAGUCUGGAAUGAAAAACUUCAGAAACAUUCAAGUUGAGGAAUCAAACUUACUGGCAUGGCAAGGGCUGAUUGUUCCUGACAACCCUCCUUAUGACAAAGGUGCAUUCAGGAUUGAAAUCAUUUUCCCCACCGAGUACCCUUUCAAGCCUCCCAAGAUCACAUUCAAGACAAAGAUCUACCACCCCAACAUUGAUGAGAAGGGCCAGGUGUGCUUGCCUGUGAUCAGUGCAGAGAACUGGAAGCCUGCCACCAAAACUGACCAAGUAAUUCAGUCCCUCAUCGCGCUGGUGAACGACCCCCAGCCCGAGCAUCCCCUGAGGGCCGACCUAGCAGAAGAAUACUCAAAAGACCGUAAAAAAUUCUUGAAGAACGCAGAAGAAUUUACAAAGAAACACGGAGAAAAGCGGCCAAUGGACUGAUCACGUCACGAGCGCGUAGCCCUCUGUCUGCCUCCCUCCCCAGCCCCCUUCUGUUUCACGUGUCCGACCAAAUACUGAUCUUCCUCUGCCCUCCCCGCUCCGUCCCCCACCAGCAGCUCGCCACCUCCUCGGCCCCCCCCCCCCCCCCCCCCCGUUUCACAUAGCGCUCCUUUAAACGGCCCUGGAGCUGCCCCGCUGAGGCCAGGCAGCGACAGCCAAGCAGGACUCUCUGUGGAUCAGACCGCUUUCUCUCUCUCGUCCUCGUCGCCGUAGAUCUCCAGACCAUUUCUAACUUUCUACUCUUUCUUAAAGUGAAAAAUGGGGAAAAAAGAAAUGCUAAGGGAACAUGUGUUAAUUUUCUUUGGGCUUUUUUGGCUUUUCCUCAGUAGAAACAGCUCCUGUUUUAAAUGGAUCUCACUUAGACAUGAUUGGUCAUAAAUAUUUGAUUCUUUUAUUUUGAAAAGCAGAAGACGAGUGUGUUUGUUUUUGGUUUUGUUGGUUUUCAUUUGGCCCAUCUUGUGUAACAUUUUAAGCUGAAACACAUGAAGUAGUGAAAUGAGAGUUGCCGUAGCUCAGGCCGAUGUUUGGCUGCAGAAAUGCACCGUACUCUGUGGAACAUCUCACAUCUCCUCCCCCAGAGUCUGUAACAGUUGACAAUGUUAGGCCGUACAUGAGUCGAGUUAUUGUAGAAAUGCCAGAGAUGACUUCCGAGUGUUAAAGAUUUUCAAACACUAAAAACAUGCAGCUGAAAACUUCUGCAUCACAGAUGGUUAGCCAUUCACCCGCCCUCCUCAACAGCCAUUGGCUCCCAAACGUCUUUUUUUUGAUUGACACUUGUGUAUAAAAUCUGCAAGAAUGUGUUGGAUUGAUUUGAAUUUCCAUGCAUGUCCCCUUUCCUCCUGCUGGGUGCCCAGUAUAACCAUGUUUAGAACCAGGAACCUGUAGUACACUGAGACAUACUCACAUAGUCCCAGCUGGGAGGGGCCUAACUUAUCAAGCUGGGGGAAGGAGACGCUAAGCUUGAAGCUUGGAUCAGCUCCUGGAGAUCGUCCAAGAAACGGUAACCUAGAAGGCAGCUGGGAGAGGGCUGGCCGUCCAGGGAUGUGCCGGGACAUGGAAAGGGACUGCAGCGGCCAAACGACACCAUGUAACAGCUAUUUGAUCUGCUCCCAAUAUUGUUUCAUAAUAAAGAUGAUGGCUUACCA